AUGGCUUCCUCGGAGAUCGAGGUGGUAUCAUCAUCAUCAUCGGUCUCCAAACCCAACGACCUGCCUCUUAUCCUCGACAUCUUCACCGCCUCUGUUCACGGCGACUUCAACAAACUGAGAACCUUCGUCGAACAACACGGGGCCUCCGUUUCCGUUCCCGAUGCUCAUGGCUACUACGCUCUUCAAUGGGCUUCGCUUAAUAAUUUCCACGACAUUGUGCACUACCUCAUUCAGCAUGGAGCGGAUGUGAAUGCUAAAGACAACAUGCAACAAACCGCAUUGCAUUGGGCAGCAGUUCGUGGUUCAACUGCAGCUGCUGAUGUGCUUGUGGAAAAUGGUGCACGUGUUGAAGCUGCAGACAUAAAUGGAUACCGGGCAGUUCAUGUUGCUGCACAGUAUGGACAGACAGCUUUCUUAAAUCACAUUAUAGUAAAGCACCAUGCCGAUUUUGAUGUGCCUGAUAAUGAUGGGAGGAGUCCUCUUCAUUGGGCUGCAUAUAAGGGAUUUGCUGACACAAUAAGAUUGCUUCUAUUUAGAGAUGCAUCUCAAGGAAGACAAGAUAAAGAUGGUUGUACACCGUUGCACUGGGCUGCAUUAAGAGGAAAUGCAGAGGCAUGCGCCGUGCUUGUACAUGCAGGCACAAAGGAAGAGUUGAUGGUGAAGGACAAUGCUGGACACACACCUGUACAGCUUGCAUAUGAUAAAGGUCAUCGACAUGUCGCCCCUUUCCUUUCAAAUCAACAACGGGCUCAUAGCAACUACUGGAAAGGGAAACUUUGUAGUGGGGUGGUGACAGAUAUUGGUUAUGCUCCCAUCUUAUUGUGUGUUAUGAUCAUUCUCAUGAUCCUCUUCAUCAACUCAGUUAUUGCAGCUCCUAACCUUGGAAAGAUUACUGCUAUUGCUGGACUUUGGGCAUGGACUGCACUUUCUCUAGAAGUUGCUGCCCUGAUCAUGUUCUAUAGGUGUAGUAGGGAGUGCAUAACCUUGCGUGUAGUUGACUGGAGAGAACAAUUGUUUUCAGAACCUAUUGGUAAUCGCAUCAACACAUUCAUCAUAUGGCACAAGAUUUCGUACACCAAGGAGCUUGUCUAUAAUGUUCUUGAUCUGAGACAAGAAUUCAUGCAUCGUUUUCCUGUCCACAGUCCACAGAGAGAACCAAUUUCGUCAACAAUGAUGGAACCCAGGUGGGCAAUAUUUGAUCUUGUACUUCCCAAGCUUCUACGGGGGAUUAACAUUAUCUUGGAUCUUUAUGUGAGCAAAGAUCCUGGUUAUAUAAAACGGCUGGGAGACUUGUCUCAAAGUGAUAAAGAGGAUCCUUUAUUGAAUAUUGAUCUCAAUAGCUCCUCUGUUUGGAUGGGAAAUUGGUCUCAACUUUGCCCUACCUGCAAGAUAAUAAGACCUGUCCGAUCUAAGCAUUGCCCUACUUGUAAGCGAUGUGUGGAACAAUUCGAUCACCACUGUCCAUGGAUAUCUAACUGUGUUGGGAAGAGGAACAAAAGGGAUUUCUUUAUUUUUAUCUGCCUGGGAACUUUGACUUCUUCAGUUUCUGCUGCCGUUGCAGUUCAAAGAAAUGAUAGGGUCAUUUGUGGAGAAAGAGGCAAGUUUCUGUGCCGGAAAACCCAUCAUAUCAUAAGCAGGAAUUCAAUUAUUGCUCGAAAUGUGACCACAAAUGAACUGGUAAAUUCCUCCCGCUAUGAUUAUCUUCGUGGUCCUGAUGGGCGGUUCAGAAACCCAUAUAACCACGGUUGGUGGAAGAAUUGUGCUGACUUCCUUUUUCUGGGAUACACAAAUGAUGAUGAAAUUGCUUGGCCCCGAUUACAGCAGGUGGUGUUGAAUCAUAUUCUAGAUAGCGUGAAUAAAGUAAACGGCAGGAAUGGAUGUCUCCAUAGGCAAUACCAGGCAGUAGAAUAA